AUGGCAGAUUCUCGGAUUUUGCUAUGGAUCUCUGUGAUCAUUCACACUGUUCUAUCGGCUACGAUUCGCACGGUAGACUCAGGAAUAGAAACCAGAAAACUCUCUAUCCCUCAGGCUCCAUCGCUGAGCCGACAAACCGUUGAUGGAAACUUCCAGUCUUAUUCGAUUGAAUUCUCAUACAUGCUAGAUUAUGCGGGUAAUGACUCCUCACCAAAUACAUUGUCCAAAAAGCUGCUACAAAACCUCUAUGAGAUUUCGGGAGCAUACCCAAUAAUUCGUGCCGGAGGAACUACCGAGAAUCGAGCCAUUUUUGUCGCAAAUCAAUCACAGGCGCUCAUUGAAGAUUUCGAUCCGGCAAACGCAGACCAGCCAAGCAGUCUGAGUAUUGGACCGGCAUGGAUGCAGUCAUUCCAUCAAUUCCCAAAGGGUACAAAGUACAUCUACGGACUGAAUUUUAAUGACGGAGAAGACGGGCUACUCCAGACAGUGCUCGAAGCUAGAUACGCGUUUGAUGCAAUUCAAGAUGAUCUAUAUGCGUUCGAAAUUGGCAAUGAAGUUGACGGGUUUCCCUGCACUAGCCACCGUCCUUGCAACUGGACGGUUCCUAGCUAUGUCGAGCAGUGGAAGCAGUAUGCUGCGGCCAUCUCUAGUCAGGAUAUCGGUUCUAGGCUUGAUAAGAAAAGCGAACCCCUGUUCCAAGGCUGCAACUUUGAGGCACCUCGUCGACUGGGCUAUAACGAGACACCGUACUGGAAUGUUGAGAGUGCAUUGCAAUCUGGAAUUGCCGAGGCGGGAAAUAUUAAGACGGUUGCUGACCACGACUAUAUGGGCGCCGCCUGUGAGGGCUCGCCAACACCCACUAUUGCAGGAAACCUCUUGAAUCACUUCCAUAUGACGUCGCUGAUGUAUUAUCAUGAAGUGCUCGGGAGCUAUGCCGCAUCUGUUGGUGUGCCCUACGUGCUGGGCGAAACCAAUACGAUUUCUUGCCAGGGUACGGCUGGAAUAUCCGAUGUAUAUGCGGCUGCACUUUGGGCGAUCGAUUACACGCUCUAUGUGGCGGCUCUUCCCGUUUCUCGAAUGUACUACCACAUGGGUACACGAUACAGGUAUAGUCCGUGGCAGCCAGUCGAGUGGGAUGGUGUCGGCGCCCACGUCAAGCCACUUUACUAUGGGAAUUUGUUUACGGCGACGGCUUUUGCAGGCGGAAACAAGCAGAUCGAGGUUCUGAUCAACGAGACUUCUUUCACGGCCUAUGCCGUAUACGAAGGUAAAGAGACCCUUAAGUCAGUUGUUCUGAUCAAUCUUGCCAUGUGGAACUCGACUCAGCUUGCGUCUCAGCGGCCAUUCACGGCUGUCGAGUUGCCGUCUUCACUGUCUGCGGGGGUGGUCUCAAGAUUCACUAGUCCGGGGGUGGAAAUUGCUAGCAACAUUUCUUUUGCGGGGCAGAUGGUCGAUGCAACUGGUGAAAUCGUCGGGCGGCGAGUCACUGAGAAGGUACAUAAGGGCCGGGUGUUGAUUGGAGCUGGAGAGGCACUUCUGAUCUCGUUAUAA